AUGAGGAUACUACCAAGUCAGCGCCUAUGUUCUCCACAAACAACAAUAAUCCUCCUCUAUGUUCAAUCCUUAGCACAUUCUCUAGAUAUAAAAAUAAAUAAUGAAGAUAUAGAUGAUCCAGCUCAAGUUCUAAGGUCCAAGUUCAAAAAGUAUCUACCUGAGUUACAAGAGAACUUGGAAAUUCCUCUUCGGAGUCCUAACCAAGAAACAAUCAAAGAGUCAUUUCUCCCUAAACCACGACCAUCUUAUCAUAGAGGUAUUCGUUCAAAAUUCAGAAAGGAUAUACCCAUGCUUUGGAGAUCCAGAAAUCCCAACGUUGAGAGUGGAGUAGGUACAUCUGAUAGUGGGAGUGGUGAUAUUAAUAGCAGUAGUGGUAGUGGUACUACUACCACUACCACCACCACUUCAACCAUCAGCAAAAGCAGUAGUGUAACUAAUAAUGACUUUAAUGACACCGAUGAAGAAGAGUUUAGAGAAGGAGUUGCGGUAGAGAGUGCAGAUAAAGAACAACAAGAAGAGGGUGACGAAGAACAUGAAAAAGUGUCACCCGAUGUCACUUUACACUCUCAACAUUCGUGGGUAAAAGAUUUUCUCGAUUUCCAAGCUCAGCAAGUAUUUGCCAUGGCCGUUGUACCAGGUUCUGGGGGGAGGAACAACAAUAACAACAUACAGCUCAAAUCAUCCAUCACUGCGUAUGAAGAUUCUUUGAAUAAUCCUCAGGAUUUGAAGCGCUGGGUUCGCAUAAUUGCUGAUAAACCUAUAACUCCAGAGAUGCGCCGUACUAAGAAUCACGUGAACAAUGAGAUUGAAAUCGAUAUUGAUGAGUUCAUAAACUAUCUCGUUCAAGAGCAGGGAUUCAACCCUGAUGAUUUGCAGUUUCUCAAAUUGAAGAAUCUCGAUUAUGGAAUGGGAGAAAUUGAACAAGAGUUGAAUAAAUUAAAGGAUUUGCAGGAUAAAAACGGCGCUGUUGCCAAAGUCAUCGAUAUUGGUGGUGAAGGAGAUACAGAUGACGAAAGAAGAAAGAGUUUUGCUACAGGAGGGUUAAGAGUUGAUGGCUCAUGUCUCUUGUGGGCUUUGACUGUAUUAGGAAUCACUGUGUUAUUUGGAUAA